AUGGACGACUUUUUCAUUUGUGUGUGUCCGCCAUUAUACACCGAUGAUAAGUGCCAAACUAGUUUAGAACUGGUUGAAACUGGAAUAGAACGAAAUGAAACCAGUUUGGAACCAGAUGAAACUAGUUUGGAAUCAGAUGAAACUAGCUUGGAACCAGAUGAAACUAGUUUGGAACCAGAUGAAACUAAAACUAGUUUGAAACCAGAUAAAAUCAGUCUGGAACCAGAUAAAACCAGUCUUGAACCAGAAGAAACCAGUUUGGAACCAGAUGAAACUAGUUUGGAACCAGAUGAAACCAGUUUGGAACCAGAUAAAACCAGUUUGGAACCAGAUGAAACCAGUUUGGAACCAGAUAAAAUCAGUCUGGAACCAGAUAAAACUAGCUUGGAACCAGAUGAAACUAGUCUGGAACCAGAUGAAACUAGUUUGAAACUAGAUAAAAUCAGUCUGGAACCAGAUAAAACCAGUCUUGAACCAGAAGAAACCAGUUUGGAACCAGAUGAAACUAGUUUGGAACCAGAUGAAACUAGUUUGGAACCAGAAGAAACUAGUUUGGAACCAAAUGAAACCAGUUUGGAACCAGAUGAAACUAGUUUGGAACCAGAUGAAACUAGUUUGGAACCAAAUGAAACCAGUUUGGAACCAGAUGAAACUAGUUUGGAACCAGAUAAAACUAGUUUGGAACCAGAUAAAACAAGUUUGGAACCAGAUGAAACCAAUUUAAAACCAGAAGACAUCACUUUAGAACCAAAUGAAACCAAUUUAGAACCAAAUGAAACCAGUUUGGAACCAGAUAAAAGUAGUUUCAAACCAUACGAAACUAGCUUGGAACCAGAUGAAACCAGUUUGGAACCAAAUGAAACCAGUUUGGAACCAGAUGAAUCUAGCUUGGAACCAGAUGAAACUAGUUUGGAACCAGAUGAAACUAGUUUCAAACCUAAUGAAACUAGCUUGGAACCAGAUGAAACCAAUUUAGAACCAGAAGACACCAAUUUAGAACCAAAUAAAACCACUUUGGAACCAAAUGAAACUAGCUUGGAACCAGAUGAAACCAGUUUGGAACCAAAUGAAACCAGUUUGGAACCAGAUGAAUCUAGCUUGGAACCAGGUGAAUCUAGUUUGGAACCAGAUGAAACUAGUUUGAAACCAGAUGAAACUAGUUUGGAACCAGAAAAAACCAAUUUAGAACCAGAAGACACCAAUUUAGAACCAGAUAAAACUAGUUUGGAACCAGAUGAAACUAGUUUGGAACCAGAAGAAACUAGUUUGGAACCAAAUGAAACCAUUUGGAACCAGAUGAAACUAAAAAUUCCAAGCCACACUAGCUUGGAACCAGAUGAAACUAGUUUGGAACCAGAUGAAACUAGUUUGGAACCAGAUGAAACUAGUUUGGAACCAGAUAUAAUCAGUCUGGAACCAGAUAAAACUAGUCUGGAACCAGAUGAAACUAGUUAUAAACCAGAUGAAACUAGUUUGGAACCAGAAGAAACUAGUUUGGAACCAGAUGAAACUAGUUUGAAACCAGAUAAAAUCAGUCUGGAACCAGAUAAAACCAGUCUUGAACCAAAAGAAACCAGUUUGGAACCAGAUGAAACUAGUUUGGAACCAGAUGAAACCAGUUUGGAACCAGAUAAAACUAGUUUGGAACCAGAUAAAACUAGUUUGGAACCAGAUGGAACUACUUUGGAACCAGAUGAAACUAGUUUGGAACCGGAUGAAACCGGUUUGGAACUAGAUAAAACCAGUUUGGAACCAGAUAAAACUAGCUUGGAACUAGAUGAAACUAGUUUGGAACCAGAUGAAACCAGUUUGGAACCAGAUGAAACCAGUUUGGAACCAGAUAAAACUAGCUUGGAACUAGAUAAAACCAGUUUGGAACCAGAUGAAACUAGCUUGGAACCAGAUGAAACCAGUUUGAAACCAGAUGAAACCAGUUUGGAACCAGAAGACUCUAAUUUGGAACCAGUAGACACCAAUUUAGACCCAAAAGAAACUAAUUUAAAACCAGAAAAUACCGAUUUAGGACCAGAAGACACAAAUUUAGAACCAGAAGACACCAGUUUGGAACCAGAACACACCGAUUUAAAACCAGAUAAAAUCAAUUUAGAACCAGAUAAAGCCAAUUUAAAACCAGAUAUUGGGUGUUUACAAACAACCUGUUUGAAUGGGGGUACAUGUAUUAAAAAAGAUAAAUCCUGGAUUUGCGUUUGCAAUUAUGGUUGGCGUGGUAACCAUUGUGAUGUCAUAGACAACUCUAUGAACACAUCAAAGACAAUUGCAUUUUCUAAGAACAUAGAUGUACCUUCUUUUGUUACUUUUCCAAUACCAAAUGGUUUAGAACACAGCACAAAUUUAAGGUUAAAGUUCGUUGCAAAAGAUAUAACGCAAGAUGGAUUGCUGCUGUUUCUUGGAGAUAUUACAAUGGCUACUGAUUACUUUAUAAUUGAUAUUGUGAAUCAGACAAUCAGACUAAGGUACAACUUGGGAGUUGGGGAAAUUGCCUUAUCAUCAGAACGACUCGGUAAUAUAUAUGAUAUCUAUGAUGUGUUGGUACAAAGGCAUGGGGUCAAUGCAACGAUGCAAGUUAACAAUAUGACACAUGUGAAGAAAAACACAUCAACAAAAUUUCAAGAUUUAAAUUUCAAUUCCAACUAUGAACUUAGACUUGGCUGGGUAGAUGGUCAACCACAAUUUGUCGGUUGUAUUCUCAGUCUUGAAGUAAAUGUUCUAAAAACUGUGAAAAAAUGCUUGAAGAAAAAACAAACUUCGUUUUCCAAGUUGUCCAAAUGGGUGGAAAUUCUUGGCACAAAAGCUUUGUCAGGUCGCGGGGUCACCGCUUGCCCCCCACAUGACCUUUGCCCUCAUGACCCCUGUGGCAGCGAGGGUCAUUGUGACAUCACAGCAACAUUUUUUCAAUGUCGCUGUUCCCAAAAUUUCUCCGGGAAAUUUUGCUCCGAGAAAAAAUCUACAUGUUUGUCCUCACCGUGUUUGCACAAUGCCACAUGCGCUGACGUCGAGGAAAAUUACGUGUGCUCUUGCUCCAUCGGGUGGUCGGGCAAAAAUUGCGAAAAGCAAAUCGCGAUUAGUGACCCCUUGUUCAACGAUACAAUGACAUCAUGGAUGACCUUUGACCCGGUGACCCUUCGUCGGCGUACAGAGGUUAAAGUUCAAAUUAAACCCGUGUCACAAACGGGGUUAAUAUUUUACGUCGAUAACGAUAGAGACAGCAACAAUUGUGAUUUCUUGAGUGUUUAUUUGCAAGAAAAUCACAUUUAUCUACAAUUUUCUCUCGGGUAUAAUGACAUCACAAUAUUAAAACACCCGUUGUUUGUUCACAAUCACCAAUGGCACGAGAUAUCUGCUGGUAGGAUAAAAAAUCUCGGAUAUUUGAAAGUUUUGAAUUUUGAUCGUUAUUAUGACGAUAAUGACAUCACAAUUAAAUCAAUCGACCAAUCAGGAAUGUUCUCGUUGGAUGUGACAUCAUCAAUAUAUUUGGGGGGUUACCCUAACAUGGGAAUGAUAGUUGGUAACUUGCCAAGUGUGGGAUUUACAGGUGGAUGAAAAAGUCGAUAAAUUAGUGAAUAAUUGCAACUUAUUUAUCCUCGCAUGGCGGAGCAACGACAGUCGUUAUAACACUGGUGUUCUGU